CAAUCUUCGACAAGAUCCGAGCGAAACCACCGCAGCGACGUCAUGUGGCGGGCGCGGGAGAAGACGUCCGUCUCGGCGUCGACAGCGAGCUCGUCGAUGAGCGGGCUCGGCGGCGCCCAUGUGGCGGCAAGUGUCCAGAGCAACGGCCGCCGUCCGAGCAACCCGCGGGUGACGCCCACCAAGAUCGGCAAGCCCGCGGUCAAGACCAAGCCGACGACGCAAGCGAUCGCCGAGAUUGAGAAGAACCGCGAGGACCGGCGCAAGGCCAUGGCGCUCGUGAAGAAGGAGCGCGAGCAAGAGUCGCUCAACAACGAGCGCAACGGAACGCCGGGCGACGUGGACUUUCAGCGCAUGAUCAAGCAGUUCCGCGAACAAGACCAUCAGGAGCUCAGUCACACGUCCAAGGGCGAAAUGAAGAUCACGAUCUGCGUGCGGAAGCGCCCGGUCAACAAGCGCGAGAUCCGCGUCCGGGACUACGACUGCAUCACGUGUUGGCACCCCAAGGUCAUCAUCCACGACUGCAAGCUCAAGGUCGACGGUAUCACCAAGUACCUCGACAGCAACGCGUUUGCGUUCGACCAUAGCUUUGACGAGCACACGUCGAACGCGACCGUGUACAAGUACACGGCGCAGCCGCUGAUCCAGUUCGUCUUCAACGAAGGGGGGCGCGCGACCGUCUUUGCGUACGGCCAGACCGGCAGCGGCAAGACGUUCACGAUGGAGGGCAUCCAGACGCAGGCAGCAAAUGACCUUUUCGCCCAGCUCGACAAGUGGCGCGACACCACCGGCCAAACGCUCGAGCUCUGGAUGAGCUUUUUCGAGAUCUACGGCGGCCAGUGCCAGGACCUCUUGCGCCAGAAGCGACUCACGAUCCGCGAAGACGGCAACGGUGAGGUUCAGAUCGUCGACUUGGACGAAGUGCGCAUCCACUCGGAGGCCGAGCUGCUCCAAACCAUGCAGCGCGGCAACGCCUUGCGCACGACGCAUGCCACGGAAAUGAACGACCAGUCGUCGCGCUCGCACAGCAUUUGCCAGCUCCAUAUUCGAGAAGCCGGCUCGAUGAAGCUGCACGGCAAGCUGUCGCUCAUUGACCUCGCGGGCAGCGAGCGUGGCGCCGACACCAAGAGCCACAACCGCCAACGGCGCAUGGAGUCGUCCGAGAUCAACAAGAGUCUACUCGCACUCAAAGAGUGCUUUCGUGCGCUCGACAGCGGCGGGCGCGGCGCCCACAUCCCUUUCCGAGCGAGCAAGCUCACGCAGGUGCUCAAAGACUCGUUUGUGAACGCCAAGGCCCGCACGGUCAUGAUUGCGGCCGUCUCGCCCUGCGCGUCGUCGGCCGACCACACGAUCAAUACGCUCCGGUACGCAGACCGGGUCAAGGAAAAGACGGUUGUGCCCGACGACGGCUAUGCAGACCCGCUGCACGUCCACGUCAAGCAUCUCAUGUCGGAAGCGGUGUCGCGCAACUUGACCGAUAUGACCUUGUCCGACGACGAUGACGAGCUGCACGACGACGACGCGUCGACGUACUCGGAUGCUGAUCACAUCGAUUAUGUCGACCCGCGCGACUCGACGUCGAGCCAAGACGACAUCAAGAUGCUCCACAGCGCGCUCCGCAACCAGACGGCCGACGGGGCUGUCGACGACGAAGACCACUCGCUCGAAGACCUCCAUGAAGUGGUGCAGACGCUGUACGAAGAGCAAGAGAAUUUGCUGAGCAGUCACAUGACGGCGAUCCAGGAAAAUGCAGAGCUCCUCACGGAAGAGGGCAUGCUCCUCUCGGACGUCCAAGGCGAAGCGGUUGUCGACUAUGACAUCGACCAGUACGCCCAGCGACUCGACGAGAUCCUGGCCAAGAAAGAAGCGACGAUCCGUAAGCUGCGCUUGCAGUUGUCGCAGUUUAGGAAGCGCUGCCAGGAGGAAGAGGCGGCCGCCAAGCGCGUGGCCCAAGUGCCCUUUUACUAA